CGUGCUGCUAUCAGUUAGCGAUAAAUAUUUAUUUUAUUCAUCCUCAUUUAUUUUUAUUUAAAUUUACAGAUACAAACGCGAGUUUAUUAUUCAGAAGAAAAGACGUUAUCUUAAUUUCACUUUUUCUUAUCUCAAUCAAAUAACUUUUUAAUUUUUCCUUCUUCUGCACGUUAAAUAUCUACUUCCAUUUGCUCGUUUCUUUUAAUCCUUAUUUACCCCACGGAAGUCGGAUGGAACGGCGCCAGGGGCGGCCGCUCGAUACACCAUUCCAGGGGUGGCACGGUGGCGCGGUUUCCUUCGCCAUUCAUGUACGUAUAGAAGCACAUACAUACAUACCACAAAUAUGUGCGAAGCUUGUACAACGGGACGGACGGGAGUGAGCGACGGUCAUUCAGAGUCCGACCAGCGCGUCGUGCACACUCCGCGCCUCCGUCCGAGCUCGUCCUCGUGCUAUCUCGUGCCGCACGUCGUUAAAACGAUAAAAUCCGCGCGAGCGACGAGGUGACACUACCUCGCGGUGGUUCGAUCGACCGGAGGACAGAAAGAGCGAGAGCCCGACGGUUCCGGAAGAGAAAUUCGCACGAUGGCGUCUAAGUGAUCGAUCCCUAAGUUCGCAGUAACGCGCGCGCGAAUUUUCUCCCGAGUUUUUCCUCGGCGACCCUUAAUUUUCGGACAAUAUCCCGCGGCAAGGAUUCCAGACGGACGUGCGAACAUCUACAGGAAAAAUGUCGAAGUCAGGGAGUAUCAAAGAUGGUGAGAAGGGUCCCUACGAUCCGAUCCCUACCAGCGAGAACCGCAACGAUGAGAUCAAGCUGGAAGCGAAAAUGUCGCUUCUCAACGGCGUCACCGUCAUCGUCGGCUCCAUCAUCGGUUCUGGCAUUUUCGUCAGCCCAACGGGCGUCCUUAAGUACACCGGCAGCGUGAACGCGAGUCUUCUCGUAUGGACGGCAUCAGGAAUUUAUUCCAUGAUCGGAGCUUAUUGCUACGCCGAGCUCGGCUGCAUGAUCAGAAAAUCGGGCGCGGAUUACGCGUAUAUCAUGGAGACCUUCGGGCCUUUUCUGGCGUUCGUUAGAUUAUGGGUCGAGUGCAUGAUAGUUCGCCCUUGCAGCCAGGCUAUCGUAGCCUUGACUUUCAGCGUCUACGUCCUCAAGCCGCUCUUCCCGGACUGCACACCGCCCGACGACUCCGUAAGAAUGCUCGCCGUCUGCUGCAUAUGUGUUCUCGCUUUUAUAAAUUGCUGGGACGUCAAAUGGGCAACGAGAGUGCAGGACAUUUUCACGUACGCGAAACUUCUUGCGCUCUUCGUUAUAAUCUUUACUGGAGCGUAUCAGCUUUGCACCGGACAUACGCAGAAUUUCACGUUCGAGAACAGCAACACGGAAGUCACGUCUAUAGCUCUUAGCUUUUAUUCAGGCCUGUUCGCUUACAACGGCUGGAAUUAUCUGAACUUCAUAAUUGAAGAAUUGAAGGAUCCCGUUAGGAACCUGCCGAGAGCUAUUGGUAUUUCGUGCACUCUAGUCACUGUUGUCUAUGUUUUCACGAACAUGGCCUUCUACACGACAUUGAGUCCCGUCGAAGUGCUCGGCAGUGAAGCUGUGGCAGUGACAUACGCAAACAGAUUAUUCGGUGUGAUGGCAUGGACAAUACCGGUUUUCGUGGCUCUCUCUACAUUCGGUGCGGUCAAUGGCAUUCUACUCACGUCUUCACGGCUUUUCUACGCAGGUGCCUGCGAAGGUCAGAUGCCGGAAAUAUUGACGAUGAUCCAAAUUUCCAGGCUGACACCUACGCCCGCCGUAAUAUGCAUGGCCCUGUUGUCCAUGUUGUACCUAUGUUCUUCGGACAUCUCCGCUCUCAUCAAUUACGUCGGCUUCGCCACUUGGCUGAGCAUAGGCGUCUCCGUUCUGUGCCUUCCAUGGCUCAGAUGGAGCCAGCCGAACUUGUCGAGGCCGAUCAAAGUAAACCUCAUCUUUCCGGCCUUCUAUAUUCUGGCGACCCUUUUUGUAACUAUUGUACCGAUGUAUGCUAGCCCCGUUGAAACCGGAUACGGCUGUCUGAUGAUACUUUCUUCUGUACCUGUUUAUCUCGCGUUUAUCUCGUGGAAGAACAAACCUAAAUGGUUCCAGCAAGGGGUUGGCUGGGUCACCCAAACUUUGCAGAAGCUGAUGGUAGUCGUGGGGCCACAAAAGACAAAGUAAGCGUAACGAAGCUGCUGCAAAAGAUAAUGCUGGUGGUCGGCAAGGCCAAACCUGCUCAGGUGUAAUCAGUCAAGAUGGACCGGCUCGAGAUCGAGACAAGGAAGGCGAGUCUUUUCGGAAACCGGAAGUCAGAGAAACCCCAAUCGAUCUUUGAAUCGAUGACGAUCGUCUCCUUCUUCUAUCGAAAGGAUAAUGGAAUUGGGGGCGAGAUCGGUUGAGAUAUCAGUUUGAUAAAUCAACUAGAUUUUUCUGUUGACUGUUUAGAGAUUGUGAAUGAGGCGUCCUACGACAAGAGACAGCCAUAUUGUGUCGGGACGCCGGAAAGAUAGAACAGUGUAAAAGAUUAAAGCGCGAAGCGGCUCGUCUUCCAGAUCUGUAUCUCAGUCCUUGACGGACUCUCAUCAGGACUUGCCCACCGGAUUACCGAAUAAAUCUCGAAAUAAGGCUGAUGUCUCUCGUUCGAUUUCGCGGCGAAGGCAUAUACGCGAUGACACGACCGCACGUUUCUGAAUUAAUUAAUUUCUCUUGAAAAACAAUUGCAAGUUUUUUGCAUUUUGGUAAAUUAAAUAUAUUUAUCUUAAUGUCAUUAUUUAUAUUUGUGUUAACGCUAUCAAUAUAAAU